CACUCCAACGAUUGGUAAACUGCGAAAUGGAAGCAAAUUCACAACGCAGAAAAGAAAAAAUAAAAAAAAAAAGAAAAAAGGCAAAAUUAACUAACCAAACAGUUAAAUUAAAAGAAGGCAAAACUUCAAGUCAUCAUCAGCCAACCCUUCCGAAGCUUUUUUUUUUUUUUAGUGAUGGGCGAGCGAAGCCGGCAAAUGGAGAAAGUGGGCCACCCUGAUCCCUGAAUAGGCAGAAGAGUUCCCCCUCCGUUGGAAACCUCCACAGAAGUUCGAGCGGUUAAAGGGGCAGCAGAAGCAACCGUGGGCGAAGUAACCGCUGUUGAAGCAACCACCGCUGAACCCCCGGAGGAAGGCCCAACCCGUGCGCAUAGAACCCCGCGGAGAUGUAACCCCAACAGAUGCUCAGGAGCAACUGUCGCACCAUCUCGCAAUCGCAACUGCAACGUUUGGAGUCACCGCGCCAAGGGGAAUGAACGUUUUCUCGUGCACUAAGAGAAAGAGAGAGAAGACGAGGAAACGAAGCGGAAGUGAAAGGGGGUGCGAGGAAGGCACUUCUAAGAGGAAUUCCCAAACGAAGAACCCAGGCACCCCCUCUGCAUAGGCAUCUAUCGUAUGCCAUACCCCUCCACAGCUGCUGCACAGCUGCUCCACAGUUCCUCCACAGUUCCUCCAACGCGCAGAUGCGAAUGCACGUGAGGAGGCCUGCAGCCAUCGCCAAACAUGCCCCCAAACGUAGCAGCCUAACGGUUGAAGCGUUCCCACGAAAGUUUAACCCCCUCGGAGAUAUCACUUUCGAGCGAAAAGAGAAGCCCUGACGGAGGUGCGAAUACAUGGGAUAGGACGACCCCGCAUUGUGCAGUGGGCUGUACCUGUAGGGACGGCAAAAGGGUAGAGGCAGAUUGCCCCCCUCCAUAUAUGCAAGCAUACCCACGCGAAUACGCAUACCCCCAUCCGUAUAUACAUACCCACACACAGCGUCCCGCUGCACAGCUCCGUUUCACUUCUCCCAUAUACGGUCCUCCCCAAAAUGAGCAAAAAUAAAAAGGGGAAGAAGAAGGACGACUUGGAUGCGAUCCUCGCCGAAUUCGGCAUCGACGAGAAGCGGGAGGAUGAAGUGAAGGAGCAGAAGGAAGAGGCGGGACAAGCGGGUGGCGGAGGAGUCAGCGGCGUGGUCAGCGGAGUGGCCCCUGCCGGGGCGGAGGAAAACGAGGCGGCCAAAAUGUCCAAGUCGAAAAAGAAAAAGGAAAAGCUGAAGCAGAAGAAGGAGCAAAUGAAGGGCAAGGAGAAUGAGGAGGAGGGAGAGGGCGGGGAGGCGAAGAAGGGACCGGGCGAGCAGCCCCCCGGUGCCGCCGCGGAUGAAGCGGUCGACGCGGUGGACGCGAAUGACGCGAAUGAGGACGCCAAAAAGAACAAAAAGAAGAAGAAGAAGGAAAAGGAGAAGGCCAACGAAAAGAAAGGCACCUCGGGGAUGUCCGAAAUGGCCAAGGCAGCCGCGGAGAGACUCAGGCUGCUAAAAGAAUACGAGGAAAAAAAAAGAGAAGAAGAAAGGAGGAAGCAAGAAGAGGAAGAAGAAAGAAUUAGAAAGGAGGAGGAAGAGAAGGAAAAAAAACGACUAGCCAAAUUGGAAAAAAAAAUGCAGCUAAAAAAGGAGGGCAAACUGCUAAGCGCAAAGGCGAAAGAAGAAAAAAAAAAAAAAGAAUUGUAUUUGAAAACGCUGAAGGAGUCCGGGGUGCUGGUCGAGCCGAAGGAAAAGACCAAAGCGGAGAUCAUCAGCAUCGAUUUGAACAAAACGAAGGCCUUCCUGAAGAAGAAGAAGAACAAAACGAAUGCUAAUGCGAACGUGGGCGCGGGUGCCAACUUGAAUAACAACGCGGAGGGGGGGGGAGGCACAACCCCCCAGGGGGGCAAGCUGGACGAGUCGCUGGGCCAGGACGGCGCGGAAAAGAAAGUGGACCCCAAGGAAAUUGUCCUGGACGACUGGGAAGACUUCCUCAACGUGGAUGAGGAGGGCAAAAAGGAAAAACAGCCCAGUGAGCAGAAGAGUGGCGAGAAGGCCGACAGGGAAAGGAACAAAUCGAAGGAGGGGAAAGCGGCGGAGGGGAAAGCGGCGGAGGGGAAAGCGGCGGAGGGGAAAGCGGCAGAGGGGAAAGCGGCGGACGGGAAGAAAUCCCCCAAGGGGGAGGCGCCUAGCGCCAAGAAGGGGAAAAAAAAAACGGAUGCGGGCAAAAGCAGCGGCGGCGAAAAAAACAGCCACGCGCAGGGUGAGUCAGACGGCGAGAGCGAGUACCGGUCAGCCAUCGUGUGCAUAUUGGGGCAUGUGGACACGGGGAAAACGAAGCUGCUGGACAAGCUGCGACAUACCAAUGUGCAGGAUAACGAGGCGGGAGGAAUUACGCAGCAAAUCGGAGCGACCUUCUUCCCAAAGGAUAUCCUCGACAAGCAAAUAAAAAAAGUGGACGAAAGCAUCAAGUGCAUGUCGAAGGGAAUUAUGAUUAUAGACACUCCGGGGCAUGAAUCCUUCUACAAUCUGAGGAAGAGAGGCUCCUCCCUGUGCGAUAUAGCCAUUUUGGUGAUUGACCUGAUGCACGGCCUCGAGCAGCAGACGAAGGAGUCCAUCCAAAUUCUAAAGCAGAGGAACUGCCCCUUCGUUAUUGCGCUGAACAAAAUUGAUAGGCUCUACAUGUGGAGCAAAAGUGACUGGUCCCCAUUCAACUACACAUUUCAAAAUCAAAAGGAAAACACACAGGAGGAGUUCCAGGAUAGACUGAAGAAUAUCCUUAACGAGCUAGCCGAGCAAGGGUUGAACUGUCACCUCUAUUGGGAAAACCCCAACCCGAGGAAAUACGUUUCCAUUGUACCCACUAGUGCAAUAACGGGGGAGGGUAUUGCGGACCUCAUCAUGAUUUUAGUAAAAUUGACCCAAAAUUUUAUGCUUAAAAAUAUUGAAUACCACGAGAAAUUAGAGUGCACCGUUUUGGAAGUAAAAAACAUUGAAGGGUUAGGCACCACCAUCGAUGUUAUUCUAACCAAUGGGGUGCUCAAAGAGUCCGACACGAUUGUCCUAUGUGGUAUCAACGGACCGAUCGUGACUGUCAUUAGGGCCCUCCUAACUCCGCAACCUCUAAAAGAGUUAAGAAUAAAAAAUGAGUAUGUGCAUCACAAAUCUAUUAAGGCAUGCAUUGGUGUAAAAAUCUCUGCCAAUGGAUUGGAAGAGGUCCUCUGUGGUACUUCCCUAUUCGUUGCCAAUAAUACAAACGAAAUUGAAGACUACAAAAAGAAAGCAAUGACCGACGUUUCGGAUGUGUUCAAUCACGUAGAUAAGACAGGGGUAGGUCUCUACGUCAUGGCUAGCACUCUUGGCUCGUUAGAAGCACUACUCAUUUUUUUAAAAGAUUCUAAGAUCCCCGUUUUUGCUGUGAACAUCGGGACGGUGCAAAAGAAAGACGUCAAGAAAGCCAGCGUCAUGAGGGAAAAGGGGAAACCCGAAUACUCAGUCAUCCUAGCCUUUGAUGUAAAAAUCGAUCCGGAGGCAGAAAAGGAAGCGCAAAUUUUAGGAGUGGAAAUCAUGCAGAAGGAUAUCAUUUACCACCUAUUUGAUGCCUUCACCAGUUAUAUUAAAAAAAUUGAAGAGGAGAAAAAACAGAGCAAAUUGACUGAUGCAAUUUUCCCAUGCGAACUCUCCAUUGUGAACGACUGCGUGUUUAAUAAGAAGGAUCCCAUCGUCAUUGGGGUUAAGGUAGAUUGUGGUAUUUUAAAAAUUGGGACCCCACUGUACAUCCCAGAGAAGAGCCUAAAAAUAGGCAACGUGGUUAGCAUCCUCCUGAACAAGAAAACCUGUGAAAAAGCCAAAAAGGGGGACGAAGUUUCCAUUAAGAUUUGCGGAGAACCCCACAUCACCUUCGGAAGGCACUUCGACUUUAACCAAAAGAUUUACAGCAAAAUUACCAGAGAGAGCAUCGACGUGUUGAAGGAGUACUUCAGGAGCGAACUCACCAUGGAGGACUGGCGGCUCGUCGUGCAGCUCAAGAAGAUCUUCAACAUCAUCUGAGCGGCGCGGCCCCUCCGCCGGGUCACACAACUGAGUUGCGCCGUUCGAGUGGUCCCUUCGAGGUG